AUGUCUUCUGAUGAAGGAAAGAUAUUCGUUGGCGGGCUCAGUUUUGAAACAACUGAAAAUGACUUGGAGAAGGAAUUUUGCAAGUAUGGCAAGAUCUCUGAGAUUGUUGUAAUUAAGGACCGCGAAACGCAGAGAUCCAGAGGGUUUGGAUUUGUCACGUACGGAAACUGCGAUGAUGCAAAUGACGCAUUGAAGGGCAUGGACGGCAAGACCCUGGAUGGGCGCCAGAUCAGAGUGGACCAGGCUGGCAAAUCAGACAGGAGCCGUGGAGGGUACCGUGGGGGGUCAUCUGGUAGAGGAUUCUCUCGUGGAGGAAGAGGGCGAGGUGGCGGUGAUAGUUAUGGUAGCCGAGGGUAUGAAUCAAGAAGCAGCGGCUAUGGAGGUGGUGGAUACGGAGGCGGAUAUGGUGGCUCCCGGGACUCGUACAGCAGCAGUGGUCGAAGCAGUGGGAGCUAUGGAGGAGGUGGAUCGUACAGAGACAGUUACGAUAACUAA